GACAGAGGGGAAGAGAGACAGACAAGCAGGGAGUGGAUCCCUUUGGAAAACACACACACACACACACACACACACACACACACAUACACACUCAUAUUACCAUGUGUGUGACCUGGGACUAAAACUCACCAUCUGAAAGAAAUAUCCUUUCUGAGAGCAAAAAAAGGAAGAGGAGACAAUAUGCUGAGCAACCUUUUCUCCAUGAUGAGGCUCUUCACAGAGAGCAACUUCCAGUCAUCGGCCAUGUUUGAUGUUACCGAGACAACAACGGACGUAGAGGGUGUGAGUUCAGAGAGCACUUUGGGGUCCUCCGUCACAGCCUGCAAGAAGGUGCUGUGCAGUAACAGUCUGCUGGACUCCACGGAGUACUGGCUGAAGAACGAUAAGCCGCUGUGCCGCCUCGGCCUGCUGGAGCAGCGCAGUGACCGCUCCUGCACCACGGUGUGCUUUGUCAACCUUGAUCGUCAUAACGCCGAUCGCCACGAUGACAGCUGUAUCAAGAAGUUGGCGUCUGUCUCUCCUGAGUUGCCGAGGCUGAUAGAGUCUCUGGGAGUGCGGCAGCCCAAAGAAAAUGAGAUCCUGCUGCUGAGCGGACUGCAGCCCCCUGAACCCUGUCCUCCUGAACACGCCCAAGCACAGAGUCAUCGGGCAGCAGAUGUGUGUUUGGUCCAGUGUGCGAGAGGGCGUCGCCCGACCCAGCCGGGCAGCAUCAUCUUCGAGAUAAACAAGUUUCUGAUUGGCCUGCAGUCCGGCCAGGAGAGGCACCGCCUCAGCCGAUUGGCCAACCAGCGUGUCACCGAUGAUGACACCAACCGCUCUGUGUCCUCCAUUGAGGAAGACUUCCUCACAGCCUCGGAGCACCUGGGAGAGGACAGUGAGGAGGACCCCUUCAGAAACGGCCUCUCUUCCCGAUCGCUCCUUCUUUCCUUUCCAAUUCCGUUUUAUUUUAUACACCACUCUGUUCUCCCUCUUCCUUUAAUGUUUUCUUCCCUCUUUUCCUUUAAUGUUUUCUUCCCUCUUUUCCUUUUUUCUGCAGAAGCAGAUGGAGUGGAUGUGGGAGAGGUGGCGGCGGAGCUGCUGAGAAGGAGUCGCCUUCCACCGCGUCAGCGCAGGGGUGUAGCCGGGACCCCCUCCCUUGACCAGAACGACAGCGAGGACUCCGAAUCCACCCUGCGGUCCUCGCCCGCCUCCGUCUCCCAGAAUCCUCGCGAGUCGGCCGGCCGCUACGCCACCAAUCUGGCCGAGACGGUGCUGCAGGACGCCUUCAUCCGUCUCUCACAGGACGAGGCGCCCUUCUCCCCCGCCGCAGCCCUCAGCCUGCCUUCAUCCUCCUCUUCCUCGUCCUCCUUCCAGCUCCCCAAAAUCGUCAUUGUCCAGAGCCCCGACUGCGCCGAGGACGCCACCGGUGACUGGCCCGAUCAUGGGCCAGACAUAGCCGCACCACAUGCCGCCGGCGAGCGACACCGACCAGCCACACAGCGCAAGCCACAUCAGCAACGGCACCAUCAUCAUCCUCAUCCACCGCACUCCAAGCAUCAGCACCAGAAGCUCAAUCAGGAGGCCCAGCAGCAGCAGCAGCAGCAGCAGCAGCAUGCAGCCUCCAAACCCCUGGAGGUGGCGCUGGCGUGUGCCGCCAGUGUGAUUGGCACCAUCUCCACUCCGCAGGUGGCACAGCAUCUGGCCAUGGACCCUGCCGCACGCACAGCGAUGGACGCCGAUGAGGAUGACGGACCGGUGGAGGAAGAGGAAGAGGAGGAGGAUGAAGAGGAAGGGUGUGACACGGAGGAGGGUGAGUUCUCCCUCACCUCGGCCAUGUGCGGGAUGGCGCAAGUGGCUGGAGCCGUGGCCGCCGUGGAUCUGCCCUUUGACCCCGUGGAGCCGGACGAUGGUGGCGGGCGCUACUCGCCGUCUCUCGGGCUGCUCUCGGCGGCGCAGGCCAGCGCGGCCGUGCCGCUCCACGCCAGCCUGGCCGAGGGCACCAGCGUGGAGGCGUCGCGUGCCAGUCUGGCACGGGCACUGCUAAGCGAGGCCACCAGCCUGCUGGCACGACCCCGGCCCCAACGGCAGCAGCUGCGGCAAUGGCAGCCUCGCAGCGUGGCACAGCUACUGGAGAGCACACAGCGCCGCCUGCUGGCCGGGGUGACCGGCACCGAGCGCAGGGUCAGGGACGAAGGACCGGACGAGGAGGAGGGGGGCCGAGAGGAGGUCGAAGAGGAGGAGUAUGCUGAGGAGGAGGUAGAGGGGAGGAGGAGGAGGAGGAGGAGGACGGAAGAGGAGGAUGAGUUUGUGAGAGACGUGGCGGAGAGUGUGCUGGCGCACGCGCUGGAGAAGGCGGCCAAGCGGCGUGAGCUCGAUGGCCGGCAGAAGGACGCGGGCGGCGCCGGCGACUGGGAGGGGCAGCUGCGCGACACCACCGAAGGCGUCCUGUUCGCUGUGCUCCGGCUGACCGCCCGGCGUCUCGGACGUGUGUCGCGCCACGCAGCCAAGAAGAGCCACCGAGACCGCAACCACGAUGGCAGCUGGGUCCGCAGAGAAGGGGAAGGAGGAAGGCUCUUGCAGGCCCUAGAGAGGGGAGGAGGAAGAGGAGGGGGAGUCUUGGGGACGGUAGGAGCUCCCGGGUCACACAACGGGUCACCUCAGCGCGUCCGCAAACCCAGCGGAGACGGCGAGCAUGCCCUGACCUCAGCGUUUUCCAUGGAGCAGGAGAGCGGUGGUGGAGGGGUAGACAGAGGCCAGGGGAAGCGAGAAAGAGAGCGCAGCAUGGAGGCCAAGCUGCCGUCGCUGGACAGCUCGCCGCGUCACGACCCGCGUCUCAGGGCCAGGGGUUACGAGGUCAAGCCCUACGCCCUGAGCCCGCAGCACUCGCUGGGCGACACGCGCACGCCCGUCACCUGCUUCGCCGAGGAUCUGGCUGCCACAGUGGUCUCCAUGGCUACGGAGCUGGCCGCCAUCUGCCUGGAGAACUCGAGCGGCAAGCAGCCGUGGUUCUGCGCGCUUAAAGGCUCGGGGGCUCUGGGCGGCAUGAUGACCGCAGGGGCCGGGCUGGACGCGGGGUCGUACUUACUGCCCACCUGCCGUUCGGCUGCCGGUGGUGGAGGAGGAGGAGGAGGAGGGGGGCUCCGUAAGAAGCACCGUCCACCGAGGCUGAGCGAGAUCAAGCGGAAGACGGAGGAGCAGCCUGAGCUCAUGGAGCGGCUGGUUAACCGCGUGGUGGACGAGACUGUCAACCUGGACAUGGAGCCUGUCGGAACCAGCACCAACGGCCAUCACCACAGCAACCAUGUCAACAACACCAACGGCAUCAGUGACCCCUUCGCCCUGUUCGCCUCUGAGGUGACCGCGCGCAUCCUCAACUGCCCCGAGCUGAGCGUGGUGGACACCUCGUCCUCAAUGUCCAGGCAGCAGCAGGGACCUGCGUCCACCUCGGCCACCUCAUCCCCCUGCCCAACGUCCCCGCGCGGGCGCCUGCAGUGCGAGCGCUGGAGCUCCCGGGGGAAGGCGGCCAGCUGCGAGAGCAUCCCCGAGGAAGAGCCCUCGGGCUUGGGCGGGGGCCGCGGCGGUCCCGGGGGCCGGACCCUGGGGCCCGGCAGCCGACUGGGGCCCGACCUCAGCCGCUCGGUGUCCAAGCAGUCGAGCUGCGAGAGCAUCACCGACGAGUUCUCCCGCUUCAUGGUGGGCCAGAUGGAGGCGGAGGGCCGUGGCUUCGACCUGCUGCUGGACUACUACGCCGGCAACAGCGCCAGUGCCAUCCUGCAGGCAGCCGUGCAGCAGGCCGCCACCGGGGGGCGCCGUAAUAACAACAACAACAGCAGCAGCAACGGGGGCAGCAGCGCACACCUGAGCCUGCGCUCGUCCUCCUGUUGCCUGUCCAAGCAGUCCAGCACGGAGAGCAUCACCGAGGAGUUCUACCGCUACAUGAUCCGCAACAUGGACAGGGACGGCCGACCCGAGCUGCUGCACUUCGGCGGCGGCUACGUGAGUGGACUGAGCCGGGCCAAAGAAUGGAGCAACAACCUGCUGCCGCCCUCCCCGUCGGCCCGGAAUCCGUUCUGCAUCCGCCAGUCGUCGGUGCCCGACCGGCGGUCAUCGGACUCGCGACUGACCGUCACGGCGCCCAUCAAGGCGAACUCGUUCGACGGGUUCGCCCGGGGGUCGCGCGGCAGCACCGGUGGAGGGGUCGGGGAGACUGGUGGGCUGAGCGUGCGCUCGGCCGAGAGAGCCUCAGCUGCCGGACUCUGCAAGUCGGACUCGUGCCUCUACCGUCUGGGCCAGACGGACCGCGCCACCGACAUGCUUAUCCACGACACGUGGUCCAGCUCCAUCGAGGCGCUCAUGCGCAAGAACAAGAUCAUCAGCGACGCAGCCAACGACUCCUGCGACGCCAUGGAAACGACAACGACAACAGCAGCAAGCACAGCAGCGCAGCCUGGGGUGUGCAACUUUGCUAGCCGCCUGGCUGCGGACAUCGUGGAGGGAGGGAGGUCCGCGGCACUAGGCGCAGGCGGCCCGUUGACCACUCAGCAGCAGCCGCAGGAAGCGGUCACCAUUCAAAAGCAGCCGUUUACGGUCGGGGAGAGGCGGCGGGGCUUCAAGCAGUCGCGCCCAGCGGGGGGGCGGAGCCAGUCGAGUCUGGAACAGCAGGAGAGCAUGGAGGCGGGGCCACAGGGCCACAGGGGCGGGGCCCGAGAGGUGCCACUCAUCCACAUCGAGCCGGACCAGAGAGAGGAGUCCAGGGAGGGUCCAGCGGAGAGGAGCGCCCAGCCAGGCAGUGGGGAGCAGAGAGGGAGAGAGAGGACGCUAGUGAGCAGAACCAGCGACAGGGACAAGCCGAUCGCGGCGUGGCCGCCACUGCCGACGCCGGGCGAAAGCGAGCCGCCACAGCACCGAUCUCUCAGUAACAACAGCAGCGAGGACAGCGGCUCAGGCAGCUGGGCGCAGGUCGUCGCCCCCGACGACGACCCUCAGGAGGAGAGCAGUAUCUUUAUCCACCUGAGCGAGGGGAAUGGGAACAGCAGCACAUCUAGCCUGGGACAGGUAGACUUGGAGGGCUUCCAGGAACCAUCUCAAAGAAUUAGCGACGAGUCUGAGAAGAAAGAUGCUUUGAAGGAGAGUCUUGAAGAGAGCCCCUCAAGUUCCUGUGCGGGUGGAGGCAGUGCCCGGGAGCUCCUGGUGUUGAACUUUGACCUGGAAGCAGACAGUGUGGACGUGGAGCUGCGCGCCACACUCCAGUGGUUGGCCGCAUCAGAGCUGGGUGCUCCCGCUCUGCACUUCAGGAAGUCCCAGCAGCGCAACAUCCACAAGUUCCAGCGCGUGGUGCAGCUGGUGAGCCACCGGUCGUGGCGUGUGGGUGACCUGUUUGGGGCGGUGGUGCAGUACUGCCAGCUGCUGGAGGGCCAGCAAGACACAGCGCCCCCUGCUGGUCUCUUCGACUGGCUGCUGGAGAUGCGCUAGAGCGUCAGGCCUCUUCUCCUCUCCCCAGCAUCUAUGGACCUGUUACAAACCUCACACACUCAUCCCCAGCCACCACACACACACACACACACACACACACACACACACACACACACUUUCCACACUACAGAUCAUUCCAUUCAACUCUGAUCUAGCAUCCUUAACAUUCCACACUGUCUUAAAUCACCAUUUCAUCCAUAAAAUCAGCCCAUUUUGCCAAACAACUGCACCAGACAUUCCACAAACACUUCACCUCACUCCACAAACCUGAACUCUCAUUCCUGAACCCCUAUUCUCCUGACCAGCAAGUCCCUCUAGGACUGGCCACUGGAGCUAAAGGCAAAUGUGUGGUUAAUGAGGCUCGUCCCACUGGUGUUGAGAAAUGGAUGUUUUAUCCAGCAGGUUGCCCGGGUAACACACCUAUUGAGCACCAGUCAACAUGGCCACCACUGUAUGUAUGUACAGUAUGCUAUAAGUGCUGAGACGCCAUAAGUUCCUGACUGAACAAACCUCACCUUGGAGUGCCAUAAAACACAUGGCAUUCUGGGAAACAGGAAUUGUUGAACUGCCUGGAUUACUUCAGGGCACACUUGCCCCAUUUCCUGUGUCCUCCAUGUCUGGACCGAGUUGAUAGGAGAACGUUGUCCCUUUAAGAAAAAAAGGGGGGGAAAAACUACCUAAAGCUCUCCAUCUUAACAUGCACAGGGGGACCAAUCAGAGAGCAGCCUGCCUUGAGGAUGACACAGGAGGCUUCACCAUGGAAACGGCCUCGCCACCAACCUCUGGCAUGCGCAUGUCAUCAACGCCGCUUCCUCUAGGAGUAUUUCCUGUUCUUUGUGUUAAGCUUUCCAUUCGGGACCCAUUGGGACUGUGGAGUGACCAGCAUAACACCAGCCAGAUGUUCUGUUGUGGAGGGGGUCCAGGAAGUAUUUGAUCCAGAGGUGUAGACUUAUGCCGCAUUCCAGACAACUGGGAGGUCCAACUUUUCUGACCUCCUAGAAGGAGAAUUACAUUGGAACGCCAGUCGAAGUGGGAGGUCGUACUCGCCAGGUCUGGGCAAAUCAGUGUUCCCCCGACUUUGUUGAGAUGCAGUAAUCUGACGUCACACAACGAUGUCCGCGUGUAAGCGUUUACAAAGAGAUUAUUGAAACGGGAAAAAGAAGGCUGUGUUCACAGUAUCGUGGGGUCUGUUACCUCGUUCGUCGUUUUUCCGUCUCCGAUUGGUUUAUAUAAGCAAGGAGGCUGGACUGAUGACAGUCAAAUUGCCUUUUCAAUAAUAAAACAAAUGUCAACUUCUCACGGUCAGCCAUGUUCUUUGUUUACCUCCGACGCUUUGAGGUCGGACCUCGUGAGCUCCAAGUUGGACACAUCGGACCUCCCAGCUGUCUGGAAUGCGGCAUUAUUAGGGUAUAUAGACUCUCUUUUCCCUGCUGUUUCCCUGCCUCAUUCCUUCUCAUAAUUCUUCAACUUAAUGUGCACAGCCCCCCUCCCCAAUACCACACACCCCAAACCCAACCCCUAUCCUCACACCUUUACUUAGUUGAUGUUUACAUUAGCCAAGACGUUGUUCUUCCCUCGUGCUGUUCCUGUUUUAUUUUGUUUUCCUCCUCUUUUGUUUUGUUGUUUUCGGAUUGUGUUGCACUGGCCUGUGAUGGAGUGAAGUGUGAGCUGAGAUGCUUUUAUUUUAUGAUAGCUGUACAUAGUGUAGAGUCAGCGCUACAGCCACACCUUUCUCCCCCAGGCUCAGACCUUUUUCAGACCCACAGACAGAGAGACAGACAGACAGACAAACAGUAGAGAUCUGUUGUUGAUACAGACAGACAGACAGACAGACAAAGAUUGACAGACAGUAGAGAUCUGUUGUUCAGACAGACAGACACGCAGUUGCCUGUAGAGAUUUAUUGUCGCGACAGAGAGACAGACAGGCGGCUGAAAAGAUCUGUUGUUCAGACAGACAGGUAGAAAGACACGCUGAGAGAGACACACGGGACAUAUGGAGUAGUGGAGCGUCUUCAAUGUUAAUUUGUACGUGGCUCGGUUUUUGUGAAGUUUUCACACUGAGUAGUCGUGACGUUUGUGUUGUAUAUCAGCAAACAAAGCACACAAACAUACACACAUGCACACACACACACAAGCACACAGAUGCCCAAACUGUUACUGUAUUGAAUGUAUUUAUCUUUCUAGAUCAAUAAAAUGGACUUACACAACUGUUCAAAA